ACACAGUGAGACCCUGAAUCCCACAUAGCCUAGCUGGCUAUAAAGUAAAUAUUUUCCCGAGUUCAGACACUAGAGUCUUCCAAAAGUGCAGUUUUCCCCAGUAUCAGAAGAGAAAUUAGUCCUGUGUCACUCAACCCAGGACGGCGCCAUUCAGAGCAGGGCACCCGAUGCUCUUCCUUCAAACAGGAGUUUCUCAGUACGAGGACUAAGUCUAGGGACUGCAGACCCUGGGGCAUGUUAGAAAUAAUACACCUGUGCGUUCACCUAGGGCACUGCCUGGGCAGACCCCGCCUCAUUCCUAGAAGCUGGAUGGGACUGUUCCUUAGGGAUUCGUGCUAUUGUCGCUUAAGGUGUUCAUUGGGGAAAAGUUGCUUUUUCAAUUGCUGUUGAAGCUGAAGGUGUUCAAUGGGGGGAAAUUGCUACGAAGACCGAACCUGCUCUGCGACUGGAAGAGAGCCAGAACAAACUGAACGGGCUGUACCCCCCAGCCCGCCCGCCGGCGGGGACCCCUCUCCAUCCCGCACCCCGUCCCGGCGGGACCAGCCCCGCCGCCGCCGCAGUCUCCUCCCCCUCCAGCCGGGCUUUAAGGGCAGGAGCUGUUCAGAGAGACCAGAGACGAGACGCAGAAAAGAUAAAGCCAGGCUGGCGUGGAAAGGAAAUCUGCGGCAGCAAACGGAAAAGCAAAAAGAUAAUUUGAGAUUUGGAGGUGAUGUGGAAGACGCUCGGAAUGGAAGGCAAACUCCCAUGUCUCCUCCUGCUGGUGGGAGCAGUCAUGACUGCUCAAUGCCAGCCAUUUGCACAGACAGUUCAUCUGGAGAAAUAUACCAGCACAGGGGGACCUGGCUGAGGCUCUCAGGGAGCAGAAUAGAAUACUGUAGGUGCGACAGUGGUCGGAGUCGCUGCCACACUGUGCCUAUCAGAGCCUGCACUAGAAAUAAGUGCUACAACGGGGGCCAGUGUUCACAGGCGUAUUAUUCCCCACAGCUCUUCAUCUGCCAGUGCCACCAAGGUUUCUCUGGGAAGCAGUGUGAAAUAGAUACUGAAGUUAAGUGCUACCAAGAUGCUGGAGUAACAUACAGGGGUACGUGGAGCAUGACAGAGAGCGGAACUGAGUGUUUAAAUUGGAAUAGCAACGGCUUGAUGGACCGGACGUAUAGCGGCCGAAGAGAGGACGCUGCUGAGCUGGGACUGGGCAACCACAACUAUUGCAGAAACCCAGAUGAGGAUUCCAGACCUUGGUGCUAUAUCUAUAAAGGGGGAAAGUACAUCUGGGAACACUGCAGUGUGCCCUCCUGUUCAAAAGUUGGGAACGUCAACUGCAAAUCUGGAAGAGGCACAGAUUACCGAGGCAGCCACAGCAUUACCAGUUCUGGAGCUACCUGUUUGAGGUGGAAUUCCCGAAUCCUUGUCAACAAGUUAUAUACUGCUUGGAGAAGAAAUGCUUACCAGCUGGGCCUUGGUAGUCACAAUUUCUGCAGGAAUCCUGACAAUGACAGCAAGCCCUGGUGCCAUGUACUGAAAGGAAAUCAGCUCACAUGGGAGUACUGCAACGUGCCUACUUGCUCCACCUGUGGCUUACGGCAGCGCAGGGCACAGCAGUACAGGAUCAAAGGUGGCUCCUACGCAGACAUUGCCGCUCACCCGUGGCAAGCUGCCAUCUUCGCAAAGUAUCGCCGAGCACCGGGAGAGCACUUCCUCUGCGGGGGAAUCCUGAUCAGUUCCUGCUGGGUUUUGUCAGCUGCUCACUGUUUUGAGGAAGGCUUUAGAGCAAAUCAGCUGAGGAUUGUGCUGGGCAGGACUUCCCGAGCAACUCCCGAGGAAAAUGAACAAAGGUUUCAAGUGAAGAACUACACCGUGCAUCAGCGAUUUGACUCCGAAAAUUUCAACAAUGACAUUGCUCUGUUGCAGUUGAGCUCGGAUGCAGAAGAUUGUGCUAUUGAAACCGACACUGUCCGUGCUGCCUGUCUCCCCACACCAGGACUGCAACUGCCUGACUGGACUGAAUGCGAGAUCUCUGGUUAUGGCAGAAACGAAGAAUUUUCUCCAUUCUAUUCAGAGCACCUGAAGGAAGGCCAUGUCAGACUGUUUCCAGCCAGUCGGUGCACAACACAGCAUCUUGACAACCGGACUGUUACAGAUAAUAUGUUAUGUGCAGGAGACACAAGGCACCUUGAUGAUGCCUGCAAGGGUGACUCUGGAGGGCCUCUGGUCUGUAUGAAGGAUGAUCGUAUGUAUCUAAUUGGAAUCAUCAGCUGGGGAAUAGGCUGUGGCCGGAAAGACAUACCUGGCGUUUAUACAAAUGUGAAUCGUUAUCUUGACUGGAUUCAGGACAACAUGAAACCCUGAAAAAUGAACUAUCCACACUCUUGUGGACACAGCCUCGCAGCUUCCUUCUGGGCGCUCUCGGGAUGCUGACAGGGUUUCCUGUUUCUCCAGAUGUUUAUGGCUUUCAGUACAAGAGGAAGACAGACUGCAAUGUGUGGGAAGGGCACGUUCUCAAAUUAACUCUCCGUUCCUUAUUACAGGUUAUCGGAAGCUAACACUCCUUUCCCCCCACAUCCCCAAGCUUUCUCCUUGCAUCAAAUCACAUGAUACAAUUAAAAAUAAUUUUUUGGCCUGAGAGAAUAAACCAAGCAUGGGAUGCUCACACAUCCCAUGAACAGCUAUGGUAUUUUGGGAAUGGGUGUGAACUGAAGUCAAAGGGGACAGAUUUAAUUUCCUGAAAAUUUCAUCUCCCUCCUUAUUUAUCUGUAAAUUUGGGAGACAGUCAGGCUUAAAUAACCUAAGUAAAAAUGGUGUAAGGACAGAGCUUAAGCUGGUUUCAGCUUGACACCAACAGAAAGAGCAAAGCUGUAGGCAUGGACUGUUUAUUUCCAUAUCCACGUACUACUUGCUUUUUCAGUUUGGAACCGAUUCAUUAACAGGAUGGCAUGCUUGUUAGGACAUUUUGUUUUUCCACUUGCUUUUCCUCCUGGUAGGAACUAAAUAUUUAAAUAAAUAUAGAAUAGGUAAAAAUCUUCACACCAGCCUUAUCUGCUACAGAAUCAACGCAUUACUUUUUGACUAUUAAGUUUCUAUGCAUUAUAAUUUGAUAGGAAAGCAAAAGCUCUCACUUUAGCGCAGCAGCGCAGGACGGAACAAAGGACAAGUGUAAUGGUAGCAGUUUUAGGUACCUGCUAGAUUCACAUCCACUGUAAAGAUCAAGUCAAACAUCACAAGGCUGCAUUUGUCGUUUAACAGAAGACAGGACAGGUAUAACCAAGUCACUGUGAACUAGAAUCUCAGUAACCAAGCAUUACUUGCUUGCAUUGCAGUUGCCACGUGGUAUCUCUGCAUGUCCUAAGAGUUAAUCCUCUUUGAGAGAUUCUCUUGUGCAGUUCGUUUACAAAUUAAGAGAAAGCAGGUGCAACUACCGUUUUACAAAAGGGAAAAAUUAUAUUGAGACUACAGAAGCAGUUUAGCUUUAGUAUCAACCAGGCAUUGUAGCUAGAGAACUAGUCUUGUUUUAUUUGGGAAAUUCAAAACACUGUAACUCAAGAUGUUUAUGCUCACAGUUUUAAGGAGCUCUCUGAUGAUCUACUAGCACAGCCUCUAGUCCAAACAGAGAACCUCAUCUAACAAGCACAUACAGAAGAGAGAUUUGGUAUGGAUGCCCAUUACUUCCUCAAAUGGGUUUUGUAAAUGGCAACUUUACAAAUGGGCCAUGUCUUUCUAGCUACCAGCUUAGAAACUGACCUCAAAGAGAUCUUUCUCUAAUGUCGUCAGAGAAAUGGUGGUCUAAGUCCAGUUAGCCUCAGCAAUGAGUCCCAUAUUCCAGCCAGUGGAAUUCUUGGGGAAAACACCCCAAGAUGUUUAAUAAACAAUAGUCACAGUUCAGGUUU